UCCGGCGCACGCGCAGCCCUUUCCGGUCGGGCCCCGCCGCCACCGCCACGAUGUUGAUGCCCAAGAAGAACCGAAUCGCUAUCUAUGAGCUGCUGUUCAAGGAGGGAGUGAUGGUGGCCAAGAAGGACGUGCACAUGCCCAAACACCCCGAGCUCGUGGACAAGAAUGUGCCCAACCUGCAUGUCAUGAAAGCCAUGCAGUCCCUCAAGUCCCGAGGGUACGUGAAGGAGCAGUUUGCCUGGAGACACUUCUACUGGUACCUGACCAACGAGGGCAUCCAGUACCUGCGGGAUUAUCUCCACCUGCCCCCCGAGAUCGUCCCGGCCACGCUGCGCCGGAGCCGUCCCGAGACUGGCAGACCCCGGCCCAAAGGUCUGGAGGGCGAGCGCCCGGCGCGGCUCACGCGAGGCGAGGCUGACCGGGACACGUACCGCCGCAGUGCUGUGCCACCUGGUGCUGACAAGAAGGCUGAGGCUGGUGCUGGAGCAGCCACGGAAUUCCAGUUUAGAGGUGGAUUCGGUCGUGGACGUGGUCAACCCCCGCAGUAGAACUUCGUGUUCAUGUUUUGUGUAUAAUAAAAGAGGUAAAAAUGCCA